GAACAGAAGUUGUUAAGAAGACGAAACGAAUCCGACCUUGAAUUGGACUCCAACUGUUCGUAUAAAAUCCCCAAACAACGCGGAAAAAAAUAAAAAUUCAAGAACUAGCAUACCAAGCAGCCAAAUUGCAACUGAAUUGGCAGAUAUCGAUCGAUGGGGUCCAACGCAGAGUUGCUGGAGGGGACGGUGAAGAACGUACUGGAGCAGGAUUCAUUGAAGUGGAUUUUCGUCGGCGGGAAAGGCGGCGUCGGCAAAACCACGUGCAGCUCUAUCAUCUCGAUUUUGCUCGCGACCGUGCGGGAGUCUGUGCUCAUCAUCUCCACCGACCCCGCUCAUAACCUCAGCGAUGCCUUCCAGCAGAAGUUCACCAAGUCUCCCUCGCUUGUUAAUGGCUUCUCCAACUUGUACGCUAUGGAAAUUGAUCCUACUGUGGAACAUGAAGACUCUCUUGUAUCAGAUGCAACUGAUGGAUUCGUAUCAGAACUAGCAAAUUCUAUCCCAGGAAUCGAUGAGGCAAUGAGUUUUGCGGAAAUGCUAAAGCUUGUGCAGACCAUGGAUUAUUCUGUCAUAGUAUUUGAUACAGCUCCAACCGGACACACUCUACGCUUGCUACAGUUUCCUUCGACAUUAGAGAAAGGGCUUAGCAAGAUCAUGACCAUAAAGAAUAGAUUUGGUGGCUUAUUGAGCCAAAUGACUCGCCUCUUUGGUGUCGGUGAGGAAUUCAAUGAAGAUGCCAUACUUGGUAAACUUGAGGGCUUGAAAGAAGUGGUUGAACAAGUGAACACACAGUUUAAGGAUCCAGAUUUUACGACUUUCAUCUGUGUCUGCAUUCCAGAAUUCCUCUCUCUUUAUGAAACUGAGCGGCUUGUGCAGGAGCUUACUAAAUUUGAGAUUGAUACACAUAAUAUCAUCAUUAACCAAGUAAUUUAUGACGAAGAAGUUGUUGAGUCGAAGUUGCUCAAAGCUAGAAUGCGCAUGCAGCAGAAAUACCUGAAUCAGUUUUACAUGCUAUACGAUGACUUCAACAUAACUAAGCUGCCGUUGUUGCCUCAAGAGGUUUGUGGGGUUGAAGCAUUGAAAGAAUUUUCGCACAAUUUUAUAUGCCCGUAUAAACCUUCCAUCACUCGAGGCACGUUGGAAGAGGUGGAGCAGAGAGUAUCUACACUGAGAGAGCAGCUCAAGAAUGCAGAAGCAGAGCUGGAUAGACUCAACAAGGGGAAACUGAAGGCUUAGAGAGAAGAGAGAGAGGAGCUUUGAGGUGUCAUUAUCAUGUUUUAUUAAAUUUAAAUUUUAAAUUUUAAAGUGUUUUCCUCAUUUUUGUUGUCCGAUACCUGACAUUAUAGUAGAGUUGAAUAGUCUUUGAAUAUAUUCAAUGUUGUAACAUUUGUAAACGUGUUGCAUUAAUCAACACGUUUUACUGUAGUCUCAAUAAGUAUUGCUUUUUAGUUUUUAUUUUGUAA